CAACAAAUCAAGCAACCCAUUUUAGAUGUAGCAAUUUUAAUACAAAGGUUGGCGAACUUUUCUUGUAUUACCCGCACCUUGCAUUUUUGAAUGUUUUUUUUAAAUUCAAGAAAUUCAGAAUAAUUUCAAGAAAUCAUGCACCGUUUUUAAAAAUCCUGCCCACCCACCCGUUUUAAAUUCGUGCCUGGAUUAUGUACUCGUUUAGAUAGAAAGUGCGGAUCCUAAUGAAUGGUGAACAGCCGAAAGUGAAUGAUCUUUUGAAAGUGUUGGCCGAUCGGUUAUCCAACGUUCCCACGAAGGAUGAUCUUGCCGCGUUGGAGACGAGAUUCAACGCGAAAUUGGAUCAAUUUAAAUCUGAUUUAGAAGCAGUAAUCAAUGGAGCGAGUAGGAAAGAAGGAGAUGAAAGUCCCGAGGGAGCAAAUAAUCAUGGAAUGAAAGGGACGUCGAUGCAGUCUUCUUUUAACGAGUCGUGCAAAUUUGUCGAGCAAAUCCUUACUUUUCAAAGGGAACAGGCCGCAGUAUUGGUGGAAAUAAGGGACACUACCGCCAAACUAUUCAUCAGCGUAGGGUCCGUCUUGAAGGAUGAUGGACCAUACAAAUAUAACGUAUCGGAAAUCCCAUUCCCGAAGACUGGUGGCCAGACGAAAUUCUGCGGGGAUGAUUUUGAUCUUGCUAGUUCAACCUUCCCUGCAAAACCACUCAUUUGCGACCAAGGGUGGAUCACAAUUCAGCGAAGAGGUACUCCCUUGGCAGGCUGGAAUAAGAGGACCGAUUUCGAGAGGAAUUUUACCGAUUAUGCGAAUGGGUUUGGUCGCCACCUUAGCGGAGAGGAUUUCUGGAUUGGCCUGGAAACAAUGCAUGAACUAACUAAGGUGGGAUAUACGCAGUUACGCGUUGAUCUCGAAGAUUGGGUGGGAAAGAUGGCAUACACGACGUAUAGUGAAUUCAAAGUGGGUGGUGCACAGGACAAGUACAACUUAACGGUGGGGGGAUACAAUGGAACGGCAGCAAAUUUCCUCCACCGAAAUAAUGGCAAAAAGUUCACCACAUUUGACAGUGACAAUGAUGAAUUCGAUAGUAGCAACUGUGGUUCGCAACGCCACGGUGGAUGGUGGUACUGGAAUUGUUCUGAGAGCCACCUGAACGCCAGGUAUCAUAAUUCCAGUCAAGAAGAAAAACCUUACAAAGGAAUUAUCUGGCGCCAUUGGAGGGCCUACGACCACUCUUUAAAAAAGGUUGAAAUGAAGAUUCGUAAACCAGCCACAAUCAACUAAAACUAACUGCUGUCUGAAUAGUUGAAUAUAUGUAUUUACAUAUGUAAUUAUUAUUGCAACUGCAUAAUACGCAUUCAAAUGUUAAUGGUCACACUUGUACAAUGAACUCUUGUAAAAUGCACUCAAAACAAAAAUUGGUCAAAUCAACACCGCCGGUGUCAAUAUAUCGGCGUACUAAUUCUAAAAAGACAUAAGUGUACUCGAUUGGUAAUUCCGAAAAAACAUAAGUGCACUGGAUAUUUAAUUUCGAAACAUGUAACAUAACUACUUCUUUUAGCUAGUUUUUCACGUGCACUUAUGUUAUUUCGGAAUUAAGCAUCCAGUGUGCAUACGUUGUUUCGGAAUUAAGCAUCGAGUGCACUUAUGUUGUUUCGGAAUUAGUACGACGAUAUGUAUGUAUCUAUGACUUAACCGCCUUGGUUCCAAUGUUGAAUCCGAGUUAUGAUGAUUUUGAUACCGGUAGGUUAGGUUAGGUUAAUGUUAAUGUUGAUAAUGUUAUAACCGGACGGAAAAAAAUUCAUUCCCACUCGGAAUCAGGAAUGUAACCAAGGCGGUUAAGUCAUACAUAUGUAUAUUUUGACACCGGCGGUGUUGAUUUGACAACUUUUUGUUUUUAGUGUAUGCAUGAUACUAACAAAUAUACAAAUUAGAUAUGUAUUGACAUAUUUAUGUUUACUUAUAUACUUAUUUGGGAAAUAUAGAAAUAAGCAUACAUGUGUACGUACACAUGGAAAUAGACCCAUAUAUUUAGAUAAGAACCUACCCAGCUUUCCAACUUGAUAUUAGUGCUCCGAACGUUCCUGUCCGAAUGGUUAUCUUGUUUGAAAUUGAAUUCGGUUAGUUUCGAAAUUAUGAAUAAACACGUUUUGACUUGGAA